GCAGUUCUCAGACAGAUGCGUAGUAUGAUGAAUCCUUUGUCUGAGGGACUCUGUUUGGCCGACAAAAGUGGGUUGAGCGCCCAGACGCUUCUCGACGUACUGGACCUCGGCGCCAUUGCAAACCCAAUGUUCAAGCUGAAGGGGCCUGCAAUGCUGCAGGGCAGCUACAGCCCUGCGUUUCCUCUGAAACAUCAGCAGAAGGACAUGAGGUUAGCUCUUGCCCUGGGAGAUGAAAACGCCGUGUCCAUGCCGGUCUCAGCAGCUGCGAAUGAGGCAUUCAAGAAGGCCAGAAGCCUGGGGCUGGGGGACCUAGAUUUCUCGGCGGUCUAUGAGGUAGUGAAGGACGCAGGUGGCUCAGGACAGGCAUGAUAGGCAAUCAGUGGUCUCAUUUGGAUGCUAGAUUUGCAGCAGUGUCUCUCGUUCAUUGUAAGGCAAUUGGCUCGUCAUCAUAGCGUGUGUAUAUCCAGGAUCUGGAGCCCCGACCUCGCUGAAAAAAUAAAUCAGCAUUUGAUGGUUUGCUUGCACGAUAGAUGUUACUGGAAGCUGGGAACUAGCUGAUUGCAUCACGAAUGAUUUUUUUUUUUUGACCUGCCUCAGCAGAUUGAAGACAUACAAGAAAUGGCACUAUCUUCUCCUUACUUUGUCA